AAAAAAUAACAGAAAUGUUUCAUUGUUCCUUUCAGAGAAAGAGGAAACAAAGAGUUGACUCCGGCUCAGUUGAAUAUUAAUUCGCGUACAAUUCCUCAUUUUUUUUCUCUGCAUGCCGAACAAAAGUACGGGGUUUCGUGGUCACGUGCCCAUGCCUCCAGGCAGUUUCACCCACAGGGAGUUUCCUUCUUGCGGUUUUUGCGCUCUCCCAAGCGGGUUGAUGCUCUCGCAUCGUAGAAGGUUGAGCGCACGGGGUCCAAAAACGCGAGAGCGCGACUUCCAACGAUGUCGAGGGACGUUCAUUUGAGGUUCCUGGCACAUUUGGACAUCAAAACGCAGGCGCGACGAACAUCUGGGAUCCGCCGAGAGUUUGCCUCUGGAGGAAGAAGAGGAUUCGUGUGCCGAAGCCGAGCGGAGCGCGAGAAAGCUCGACAGCGAUGCAGGCGAACGCGAGCGGCGUCCCCGAGAACGGCACGGAGGGCUGCGCGUGCGACUACCGGGGUCUCAAGCGGACGCUCUUCGUCUCCACGUACAGCAUGGUGUUCAUCGUGGGCCUGGCCCUCAACGGCCUCGCGCUCUGGGGAUUCUUCCACAUGCAGAGUCGCAAUUUGGGGACGGUCAUCUUCAUGAUCAACCUGGCUUUCACCGACAUGUUCCUGGUGUUCACGCUCCCGUUCAAGAUAUAUUACUACCACAGGGGGACCUGGCCGUUCACCGAGGUCUUCUGCCGAAUUUGUACCGCCGUGUUCUAUGUCAACCUGUACGGCGGAGUUUUCUUCAUGGCGUUCAUCAGCAUCGAUCGCUUCCUCGCCAUUGUUCACCCGAUCUCUUCGCGCUCAGCGCGUCGGCCCCGCUACGCGAAGUUUGCCUCGCUCGCCGUGUGGGCCUUCACCGUCGGGGCGAGUUCGAGCCUGCUCGUCAGACCUCUCACCGAUUCGGAGGAGCCGAAGUGCUUCGAAAGCUUCUCAAGGCGCUCGUGGGAUUCAUACCUGCUGUGGGUGAUCGUGGUCGCAGGGAUAAUCUGCUUCACGUGCCUCGCCGUCAUUCUGUGCUGCUCCGGCGCGGUCCUCGCAGAGCUGCAGAGGCCGCGGACGAUGCGCAACGACGAGACCGACAAGCACAGAAUCAUGGCGAUGAUCGUCGUGAACGUCUCGCUGUUCGUUUUUUGCUUCGUCCCGUUCCACGUCGUGCUGCCCAUGUACAGGGCCAUGCGGCUGGGCCACGUGCCCAGCUGCUCCGCCGAGUGUGCGAUCCGAGUGGCGGACAUCGUCUCGCAUUGCCUCGUGAGCACCAAUUGCUGCUUUGAUCCCGUGAUGUAUUACUUCACGGCAAAGACAUUUAGGGAAACGUUGUCAAAGCACAAAAUCUCACUCUCCCGGAGCUCGAGUAACCGACAAGCUUCCAUUUUACUGUCGAGUGUCGACAACCCUUCGGGGUGAAGGGAAAUCCAACGACAUUUAAAUCCACGUCACUUUAUGCACGCUUCAGCUUCACCACCGUGUACACAAGUCACCGUUGCCCGAUUGUGGCCAUGCAACCCACGUAGUAAACCCCCCACAGAGACCCACAGUUGACCACCUAGAGACCUAUAGAGAUAAAUAUAGACACUCAUCGACUCGUAGAGAUGCAUAGAGACGCGUACGCAUUCCUUUAACGGAGGAGGAACAGCAAACUCCAGGCGAGCUCUCACGUGAAGCCCUCCCGUCGUGGCCAGCAGACCUCGACAUUGGCAUCUGCCUCCUGAAUAGAUUUGCUGAUCCUCACAGAAUGAUAACAAGUAUAUACUGUUUAAUAAUAAUUAAAAAAACUCAAUAAACGCUUGUGAUCUGUGACCCUC